AGAACAAAAGAAUGAAAGAACAAAAGAAUGAAGGAAUGAAAGAAUGAAGGAGCGAAAGAAUGAAGGAAAGAGGGAAGGAAGGAAGGAAGGAAGGAUGGACGGAAAUAUGGGAAGGAAAGAAGGAAGUAUGUGCGUUGUCCCAAAGGAAGUGGAAAGAAAGUGUGCCUUUGGACAAUUUCGCCCCUGCCUUGUACGGCAGUCCUCUGUCUCUUGCUUGGGUGCUCAUUCGGGUGUGUGUGUUGUUUUUUCGACAAUCCUCGGUAACAAGGGGACAGGGAUGGUCCUUGAAUUCUAUUCGAUCCUAUUCAACUGAACACAAGGACUAUUUUAAACGAAAUACGCCGGGGUUAGUUUUAGGGUUCCAGUGCCUGUCCAGCUGUCCGUUUGCUUC